ACCAUAUAUCACUGCACUCUACACACAACACUUUUGCUCACAACUAAUUGACCCAAAAGAAAAUAAAAUUAUCAGUUUAGUCCCCAAGAAAUCAAGAAUCAUGCUAAAGAUGGAGAUUAGUGGUGGCACUUCGGCUGCUACACCUACAGCCACCCCCGUGGCUAUCGCAGCCGUGAAAGAAACCACCACUCCCGCCAACUCCCCUUCUCCCACUUCUUCACCUCCUCGGCCGCCCCUUUCGCCGCAGCAGCCGCCACAGUCGCCGGUGGUGCUAAGCCCUUGUGCGGCUUGCAAGAUUUUGCGGCGGAGGUGCGCUGAGAAAUGUGUUUUGGCGCCGUAUUUUCCUCCGACAGAUCCGGCGAAGUUCACUAUAGCCCACCGUGUCUUCGGAGCUAGCAACAUUAUUAAGUUCUUGCAGGAACUUCCGGAAUCUCAAAGAACAGAUGCGGUUAAUAGCAUGGUUUAUGAAGCAGGAGCUAGGAUGAGAGAUCCGGUUUACGGUUGUGCGGGUGCGAUAUACCAUUUGCAGAGACAAGUGAGUGAACUUCAAGCACAACUUGCGAAAACUCAAGUAGAGCUAGUGAGCAUGCAACUCCAAAGGUCAGAUCUACUGGAAUUGUUAUAUAAAAUGGAACAAACAAAGUUAGCAGCACAAGAGCAAGGACAACAAAAUAUGUCCUUUGAGAGUUCAUUUGAAAGUGGUGACGAGUUCAUUAGUAGCUCCGACGAAGUGACCAAUGAUUUGGGAUUCCUUGAGGACAACAACAACAAUAAUUCAUCAAUGUCGUGGUGGGAUCCUCUUUGGACAUGAUCAUAACUUAUGGUAUUAUUAAUUCACUUUAAAGCGCUUUAGUGGUUACUUCCAUAUGCAUAUUAAAGACCUAGGAUAUGAUAUAUGGGACUUUAUUUUUAUAUAUUUUUUGCUAAGUCAACCAAUCAUAAUAUAAGCACGUAACAAAACUGCUUAAAAUUUAUCGAACAUGUUACGUGUUAGUAUUAUGUAGGGAUAUAAAAAGGUUGAGGUUGUAUUAAGAUUCUAAAAAUCUUCUCCUAACGCUAAUGAAGGAGUUAAUUGAGAUGCAUUUAAAUUUUAUGGCUAUACU